AUGAGCCCACGACUCGGACAACGUACAGCGCCCUUGUGGUGGGCCACCGCCGUCCUCGCCGCGUGCAGGGACGACAUCAUCACCCUCUGGGAGGACCCUGUCGUGAGGGCCAUCCUCAAGCGGCGGGACGUCGCGGCCUUCCUCAACAACGCCGCGCGCAUCGCGAACAUGAACUACGAGCCCGCCGAUGGCGCGUCCCCCUCCCUCUCCUCGUGA